CCAAUAUGGCGUGUGUGUUGUGAGCGAUGUUAAUGUGCAGGUAAUCUCCUGCUCUUAAUACUUGGACAGAUCUCGAUGAAUAAGGAGAACGAUGUAAUCACAGCAAAAUAAUAGCAAAACAAUGUACAAUGAACUACAGUGGAAAUAUGCCAGAUUGGCAUCAGUAUAAUCCUCCGCAAUCAGGAAUAAACGAUGUAACAUCGACCGCUCAAAAUGUCAAUUCGGGACACUUAUCGUUUAUCUCCAGUAUUAGUCCGACCUGCCCGACGCAGUUGAAUGGCCUGAAUCUCAGCUCGGAGGGACUCGAGAAACACCAAAACGACUCCAAUUUUAAUCCGAGGCACUUUCAGCCGCAUCUAUCGAGCAACAUCUCGCACGGUCACAAUGCCACUGACAACAAUCCCCUCGCGUCGAUGGUGCAGAUGCAGAAUUGCAUUGGCCACUACGGGCCUUCGAAUACGAGAAAUCCCAUGGUGGACAAUCUGAAUGGUCCUAUGGAUCCGAGGAAUACCGCGAUAGGCGGUAUAAAUGAAGAGCUAGGCUAUAGAAAUAAUCAGGUGCCUUUAAAUGGGCCUAUCUCGCAUCUAAAUGGACCAAAUGUGAUGAAUAUGAAUGCACCGCAUGCCUCAAUGGGAUCACGAAACACCAACGUGAAUUCGCAUGCUGCUAGUAGGACGGGUCCUCCGCCGUCCUUCGUUCCCUGCAAGGGUUUGUGCUGCAAUCCGGAUCCUAACAUAAGUUACCAGCAGUACUGCUCUUAUCCGAAUAAUGCGACUUACAGGGAGAAUAUUCGCACGUCCACCGGAUACCAAACGGACACUCGACGAUUCGGAAACGAUUAUAAUUUUAGGAAGGACAAUUUUGACGGCAAGGAGGUUCUAUCGCCUAUGGUACCACCGCCUAAUGGGCCUAACGCCGAUCACCGGAGGAACUUUUCCGAUUUUAAAUAUCGCAAAGAUCGCCUGAUUUCCCGCAAUUAUCCAUCAUCCUCGAGCAUGUUGCCGAACUAUCCUAUGCAAAACUACAACUAUACGGGAGAGUACCAGAAGUAUCCUUACAAUGUCAAAGAGUACUCCAAAAUGAGCAGCAUGAACGUGCCGAAUCAGGGGAUGGUUAAACAUCCGGAACAAGGCUUCGCGAUGCCCCAGCAGAAGUAUAACAACAAACAAGUGCCGUAUCAAACCGGCGGCGCUAUGAUAUCAACCAACAUGCCGUCCACGAGUGUUCCGAAUCUGAGUAUGAUGCCACCUGCUCAGAAUACUUAUUUCAAUUCGCAGUACCCGAGGAAUCUAUCGACAGACGCUUCGCAUGAUUGUCAGGAGGCCGCCGACAAUGCAUCCAUGGUGAACAGAAUGCAAACAAUGCAAACGUCUACGACUAUGCACACUCCCUCUCAUUCACGGUAUCAACAGACGUAUCACAAGAUAGCGAUACAGAGAUUCUCGAUGGAGAAUCAUCUGAGGGAUUUGGCAAAGAUACCCGGGUACCAGUCGCAUCCCAAGUAUAAGGAAUGUGUUCAUAAAUAUAGAGAAAUAUUGAAAUUACAGCAGUCUCAUGUCACAUAUCAGGGACAAAGUAUGCAGCAGACUCCAUGCGUCACCACCACCACGUCGACAGUUAAUACCUCUGCUAUCCCGCCUAUAAACUUGCAGUUCGAUCAGAAUGGCGUUUUAAUCAAUUCUAAUUACAUGCCCGAAGCUUUCCCUAGAGUACAGCAAGCGGUGAAUUCUCAGGCGCCGGUGGAUAACCCGGUGGACAAGCAGAGUAAGCAAGACGGCAUCCCCGAAAUGGCGAAUCGCAACGUCAAGAAGCCGGAACAAUUGGUGUCGCAACAACACGACGGUCAUGCGAUCGCGUUGUGCGUGGAAAGCAUGCAGAAGCAAGAUCAAUACCCGGCGCAAAAGAGCCUCGAGCAGAAUCAAUUCGAAAUUCAAAAAACCGGAAGCGAGAGCUUCAACAAUUUGACUGGAAACGCGAAUGUUGCGGUUAUACAACAGAAAAUAUCCAAAGAGUUCGCCGACAAGCCGGAGCUUGACGUACGACAGUUUCUCGCCAACUGGGACGAAUCGGAGGAUGAGGAUGGCGCGAGUACCAAUUUGCCGAGCGCCGUUCUGAGCGACUCGACACCAGUGGUAGUUGUGGGUUACGAGAAUCUCUCGGCAAAGACGUUGGAGGGUCUAGAGGUCUCCAAACCGGAAGAGAUCACUCCGAGUGUUAUAACGUUUGAGAAUCAGGAGAAGAGCGACAUCGGUGUGGUACCAGCGCAGGACUGUCUGACAAUAUCGUACUCAUCCGCGGAGAACGUUGAGAUCGCGAAGGAUCCAACGUGUAAGGACAUCACGAAGGAAACUAUUGUACGAUCGGGAAGCCACAUUAUACAGUGCAUAAGCAACGGGCCGGACGAGGUACCAACGAUACACAUAGUCGAUAAUUUAGAGAUAGGUAGCAUUUUACAGGUCACAAACGGUCAAGUUACCGAGACUUUGCAGAGGCAAGACGCAGUGUCAUUCUUCCAAGAAGGAACAGAAGUCGCGGCAGCCGCGAUAACUCUCGAGGCCGCCGACAAGUUCAAAAAGACCGACAGCAAGACAACUGAGUCGGCUACGACCGAGUUCAAUGCUGACCUUGGAAAUCUGAACAAGGAGCAAUACGUCGUUGAAGGUCCCUCUCCGCCUAAAGCGGUGGAGAGCACGUCGCAAACGUCGCGAGUAAGUGACCGGACGAUCACCGCCCUGCCUACAUCCGCGAAGGAUUCCGCCCGAGACACGAAUUUGAGGAAACAGAACAGUUUCGCGAGCGAGGAAUCUCAUAAUCCGGACGAUAUAAGUUUGCCAGACUUGCCCACGUCAGAGUGUACUCCGAUCUCUACCACGUUGAACACGCCGAUCCACUCUGAUAAUGAGGAGACGUCGGAGCGCGUCGAGGAUCUCACGAUAUCGACAAAUCCAAUCGAAAUUAUACAGAACAGUCCCAUGAUUAGUUUCACUCAGUCGCCGACGAAAAGAGAGCCCUACGAUCAUCUGAACAGCGAGGAAACUGUCAGGAAUAAACCGGCUGAUUCAUUAGAAGGUGAAUACCAGACGGAGAAUCAUUUCAAAAACAACAGCGGUGAUAACAACAUGCUCGGUCAUGAUGUUAUUCUUGAUACAUUUGAAUUUUCCACGAAUACUGAUAAGAAUGGAUCUGCGUCGUUUAUAAAAAAUGGUAAAGAGCACGCGAAUCUGAAUGGAACUUCCGUUUCGGCAAACAACGAGAAGAUAUUUGCGCUUGACGAAACGGAAACUGUGGAGGCCACUAGCAUGCGUAUGACUUUGACCUCCGGCGAGUAUGAAUUAAAGAUUGUGUCAGCUGGAGCGCAGAAUAAAUCAGUGCAGGCUUAUAAAAAUUUAAGCGAGCGUCACGCUAAUGAACCUCAAGCGACGAGUCCGGAUGCUCAUACAAAAUCACAGACACAAACGAAUGCAAAGGUCGCGUUGCAGUAUAACGAUUCGACGAACGGGGACAAUACGACAAAGAAUGUCACGAAUAAUCCCGACCCCGUUGUGUUAGAUGGCGGUCAGGAUGAUUAUUCCGGAAGGAGACACGCCGAAAUGACCUGUCAGACGGCAACGAGUAGGGUAAGUUCAUCACUGACAAACGACAUUGCUCCGAGGAGUUCCAGGGCAGAAGAUACGAUGCAGAUUGUUAAAAGUAAUUCACCUACAUCACAUAGCGCGAAACAACUGACAUUGGAUAACGAUAAGUUGAGGAAGGCCGAGGCAUCGUUCGCGAACGAGGAUUCUUCCACGGAGAAGAGCGCCAACAGUAAUAAAUCAACAAAAAUUGACGCGACGGACUCGAAGAAUUCUCAGCAUGCAAAACUCGCGGAUCGCAAGAAGUCUGUCUCGGGUGACCAGGCAAUUUCUCAUAAAAAGAGAUGCUUGUCGGAAAAUACAGAGGAUAGGUGCAGCGAAACCAUCGUACAUCACAAUAAACAUACUCAAGAAGCGGCAACGCAUAAGGACAAAUCCUGUACCGUUGAAAAUCCCAAAGGAUUUGACAAUUCACAUAAUAAACCGAGAGUGAUCGAGAACAUUAGCAUUACCGAUAGUGGAGAAAGGAUGCGGCUUCUAAAGGAAUAUAGAAGAAUAAAGUACAAAUCACACAGCGUUAGUAAAGUCCACGAUAAGGGGAAGGAUACGCAAGAGGUCUCUGAUUAUGCGGCGAGUAAGACGUGUCAUCGUUCGUCGAAUCCUGAUGAACGAUCCGAGUCGCAGUCAUCAUGCGAUAAUCAGCUGUGCCAGAAGGAUGUGGCGAGAUCAAAGUCGUCCGAGGAACAGGAAGGAAAACACGCGAACAUCUUGAAGACGUUCGUAGCUAAGAAUAAAAAUCCUGACUUUGCUAUUCAAGUUACGAACGUCAAUCUGAAACUCAAGGAUGACGAUCACCAGAAAGGAUCUCAACAUUCGAGGGAGGAGGCGAAGAGCAGCGGUUCCCUUGACGGGAUCAAGAUUGAGAUAAACGUGUCGUGCACGGAACGGAACACAACGGAGAAAUUGCUGCACGAGAACAUCAAGAACGCCGUCGCUGAGACGAUCGGUCAUUUGACUAAUACGAUCUCAAAUUCAACGAAUAUAACGGACAAGAAAAUGAUUUGCGAUAAGGCGGAUCGCCAGGAUUAUGAGAAGCGCAAUCGAUCACCAUCCGCUUUAACAGAAGCGUCUGCGUAUAACGAAGCUCAUGAAGAUCACAACAACACGGUCAAAUCAGUGAUCGCAUGCGAGGAAGAUACGAACAACGAGACACUUUCGAAGAAGAGACGAAGUUCAUUGUCGGCACAAAAAUUGAUCAAUGACGUAUACGAAGAUAGCGGCACCGUUAAUACCGAAUCUGAGCUGACAUCGAGCGCUCUGAAAAUUUCAAGAUCGGAACACGCGACGAGCAGAAGAAGAAGCGUACAUCAAGAUGCAGAAAGGAAAGUCGCUACUACCAACUUCGGUAGCGAGGAACUGAAAGCCUCUUCGGACAAUUUGCCAUACUUAGGAUUGAAGACUGUCAAUGUGCAGAAGAAGGAACAUCAGCAAAUAGCCGUCGCUUCUCCAUGCAGGAACGCAAGAAAUUUUCAAGAUGAUGCUGCACCGAAAUUAAACGCGGUUCCGUCGACUUCUUCAAGUACGGUGGAACCCACCAUGGAAGAUGCCAGUUACAAUAAUCCCGUGCAUUUUGAUUACAAUCAUUUUGACGUUGCGCCGAACGAAAGUACGGAUGUCGACGACAGACGUGCCGAUAGAUGGAAAAGGCCAAAGAGAGACGGCGAUAGAUUUGGCAACUUUGAUCUGUAUGAAACCACCAGCGGUUACGUAAACCCGACCUUCUUUAGCGCGGACGAGCUGGAGAAUUUAAACGUAGUUCCUGUAUACACCACCAAAGACGGAAAGAUAACUUAUAGUCCUAAUCCUCGAUUCACGUAUCGCGAGCUACUUAUGGAAGCUCGCAUGAAGGAUGGUUAUGGUAACUCUCGCGAACCGUAUUUCGCGAGAUCUCCACCGUACAAUUAUUACAAUUGCUCCAAGUUGCGGAAGGUAUUCAAGAGAAACCGCGAUGUUACCACCGCCGGUAGGAAAAAGGAGAUUGAUCCUACCGACGCUAAGUCUGCAGUGAUACAUGUUGAUUAUUCAAAUAAAAAUGCUGUUCACAAAAAUGCUAACUGCGCGAAAAGUCGAGGUACGCAUUUAGAAUUCUUUAACGAUGAUGCAAACAAGUUAUACGCAAACAAGAACGAUCAAGAGAGCAAAGAAGCUAAUAAUAAGAAAAAUAUCAUAGAUUUGGACUUCCUCGAAAAACAAUACAACUUAGACAGUACCGAACCUCCAGCCAACAUUACAUCUAAUAUCAAUAAAGAUUGUAAAACGAAAGUAUUUGCGGACAAUCUCGAGCAUGAGAAAGGAUACAACGAAAGCUCCGUGUUCGAAUCGAAUUUAUUUUUGGAACCAAGGGCCGCAUGUUGGGAAGAGACUAUGGAGUCAAUUAAGUCGUAUUCUUCCCACAUCGAUAGGAGAAACAGCGGUAAUGUUAAAGAACUGAAUUUUAGUGAUAUAUUCGCCGCGCAGAAACGAUUGGAUACCUUCCCGUUUCUACCUGCGGAGCAAGACUCUUCCGACAACGGCAUUCAUAAAGCGAAUUGCAACGUGAUGAAUGAGUCAACGUUGCAUCACACAACAUGCAACUACAUCGACGAUCUACGUUCGAUUCAGGAUGACGAUUUGCGAUACGAAUCAUCGAACGCUGCUUUAUGCAAUGAGCAAGAAAAUGAAUGUAAUAAUCAGAAGAAUGCGUCAACAGAUGUUAUUGAUAAACCGGUAAGCAUACUUAAUAUUAAUGCGUCGUUGAGUACGCAAAAUAACGAUGAACACACAAAAAAGCAAGAAUCUCAGUUUGAUGGAAACGAAUCCAGCGCAAUCGGAGUCGUUGAAAAGGUACGAUCGCGUGAUUCUCCUAAAUUGACGGAUGAGAAAAUACACGAUCCAGAAGGAAACCAAAGUUCUACGAGCUACGAGAAAAACAAGGAAGCCUCGACGGAACAGUCAGUGGAAGACGAUUCGCAUCUUCAUUGCGAUCGUUCUGUCUCUCCAAAGAAAGAUAAACUCGAUGCUGAAGUUGCAAAUACGAAAGAAAUUUCGAAUGAAGAUUCUGCCAAAGUCGCAAGUCCUUCUAAAUUAAACGUCGAAUCUAAGGACUCACUUGACGAACCAAAAAAUAUGGAAAUUGUAAAAGAAUCCACGCUUGCUUUGAAUGAACGAGAUAAUGAAAUUAAUGAUUCAAUGAAAAAUGAUUCAGACUCUGUGAAUCAGGAAACUAUAUAUCAACCAGUUUUAUCAGCUUCGAUCGAUCACAAAGAUAAGGAAAAGACUACGCUUACGGAAUCGAAUGUUUCGACUGAGAUUACUUUCGAUCAAGCAGAUAAGAAAGACAUGUGUGAUAGAGGAGAUACUACUAUAUCUAAAGAAGACGAACCGAAUGCCUUGCAAAAUCCAUCUAACGUUACAUUCAUCGAACAAACGCUUGCGGAGGAAGGCAACAAGCAGCAAUCAGAAAUUUCGGAGAUCGAUCGACAAAAAGCUGAAGUUUCAUUGAAGAAUCGAGGAAAUGACGAAGUGGAUACUUGUUCCACAAUAAUAUCUACGUCCACCGCUUUGAACCUACGAACGGAAAAGAACAUAUGCGACUUAUUCCCAAGCGAGAGGCACGAACAAAACAUAUCAGAGUUCACCGUCAUCAAGAAUAUCAUUAAAGGCGACAAAAAGCAAUGUCAAGAACCUGAGACAAAUGAGAUUCCCAAGAAUUACGACAACAUAAUCGAUUCCAAGUUACUGUGCAUAGAUUCUUCUGAUUGCGGAAUUUACGUGGAGGAUAGGUGCACGUUGCAAAUGCCCGAGCAUGAUUUCACGGAGGAAGACAGCAUAGUACCGAUGGUGUGGGAGACAAGCCAAAUCCAAGAAGACGCUGUCAAUCGUUUGUGCAACAUCAAUGAAUCGAUCGAUUUUACGGGCGCGGUUAACUCACUCCAGGAUAAUUCGUUGUUAGACCACCUGUCUCUCUCGAGGAUAUCUGCUACUAAAGAGUCUCAAGACGUAACGGAGGUAACUACUGAAAUUGAAAACAAGGCGACCAACGAAUCCAUAUCAACGGUCGAGGCAUCUGAAGCAGCGAUUGAGGAAUCUAAAGCAACGAUCGAGGAAUCUAAAGCAGCGACCGAAGAAUCUAAAGCAAUCAUCGAGGAAUCUAAAGCAACAUCGAGUAACAACGAAGACAAAGAGCAGAAUCAAAUUUCUUCCAAUAGCUAUGAAAAGAUAGCGUAUUUGCGCGCGACAGAUUGCAACGCUAACACAAAGAUGAUCCCUAAACUCGUUAUCAAGAAAAGUGAGACUAGCUCAAAGUUCGUUACGAAGGUGGGUUCCUCUUUCGUGACACAGGAUAGUACAUCUAACAAGUCAGUUUGUCAACCGAAGAUACCAAAGAUGAUCAUCAGGAACGCGAGAUCACGCCCGGGAACUCCGUCUAUCGAGGCGGUUCACGAAGAAAUUCCUGCAAGUAUCUUGAAUCGAACUUCGCUUACGAUUGAUGAUAUAUGUACUUGCAGUUCCGAAAGUUCUCUACACGAGUCAAAUAGUUAUAGGAAUAAAAUUCCCAAAAUGAAAAUUAAAUUAGAUGAGAAGCACUCCAAUAAAAUAGUGAGAGCCGAUGAUGACGAGGAAGUUUGUAUCAAACGCAAAAACGUUAAGAAAACCAUACCAAAGGUUAAAAUAAAGAGUAGCUCAAGAUCUGAUCUGGCGGACAAUUUGGAUUGCAACAGUAUGACUUCUCAAGAGUCGAGAGAUGCGGGAAGAUACGAGGAAAAGAUACCUAUACUGAAAUUGAAGAAACAGGAAAGGAACAGAUCGUCAUCUCCAGAAGUGACACGGAAGAGACAAUUCUCGAGCCAUUAUUCGGAAGUACCGCUCAAAAAGUGCAGAAGAUCGGAACGUGAUGAUGCGGAACAUCGUACGAGACGUAGCAACUCCUCCGAAUCAAUGCAAACAAAUGCGUCAGAAUGCGAAACGAAGAAGAAUCCCGUGGUAUGCAUUUCUGAGAAGAUUCCCAAGGUAAUUAUCAAGAGAACAUCGGCUAGCGCGGAAUUCAAAUGCGAGCUGAGCAAGGGCUACAAGAACGUCAUUGCGAAGAGUGCAAAGUGGCAACCGGAGGUUAAGCUGGAAAGAUACAGAAUCCUGGACAGCAUGGUGAAAGAUUUGAAGUUAACUUUGUCUCCAAUUACGUUACGAGCUAUCGAGAAAAUGUCUGUAAGUCGCAAGGAUAGCCAUCGUCAAAAAAAGCAAGGUGAUUAUAAACUGUCUAGGUCGAACUCAACGUCCGAUCUACUUCCGGUUAAGUGUAAGCAGAGAAGAAUGUCAGAUUACGACUGUAGAAAAAUUAAUGACGCGUCAAGAGUCGAUGUAAAUUUUGCGUCUAAAAAAACAGAUUCUACAGAUACCAAGACGUGCAUCACACCGAAGAAGUAUUCAUCAUCCAGAGGUCACAAAUCAACCAACGAAUGUCGAAAGGACAAUAAACGUAGAUCAAGAUCUCGUGAUAAUAAUCCACGAUCGGAAGUGGAUAUUACUUCGUCCGAUAAAGAAACCAAUCAGUCAUCUGAAAGAACCAACUCACAGAAAGGUACCUCUCAAUAUGAUAAACACAAGACUGAUAGUUUUGAUACCAAUAGCAAACAAGCGUUGAAAGCGGACGAAGAUAUAAUUUCAAAUAAACUUGGCCAGAAGAAUAUUCCCGUCAAACACCUAAACAGCUCAAGCUUCAAGCUCGCAUUAAAGGAGUUGAAGGCAACAGUUGAAGGCAGAAUGAAGACAGAAACUUGUUUCAUGAAAUUGCCCGGUCCGAGUGAAACAUCGCCUGAAGAAAUCAAUUUACGAACUGACAAGGAGCGGAGAAAAGAGCAAGAUGACGAUCAUUUCUUGAGCAAGGACAGCGACAAAAUUGUGAUAAAGAACGAACGUCUGAGUAAUUUCAACGACAUAGAUAACGAUUGCACUGUGCAAGAUGACAUGGACUUGCUUAACGACUCUGUGAGUAUAUCAGAUAAUUUCGAAAUGAAUAACAGCACCGUCAUUAAAGUUGAAUCUUCGGACGAGAGCCAGUCAACUAUAGAGAUCCUACCUGCUUCACCGGAUGCGAGUCGUAGCGAGUUGGAGAGGAAUAUAAUGGAGGAUGGUGAUAACGAUCAAUUAUAUUCGGAGGAUGCGAUUCCGACUCAGUUCGAACUGGAGUUAGAGAUCGCGGACAAUAGCAAUACCGAUCUACUAGAUAUAUCUAUGCCGAAACUUGAUCCUGUCACCUGUUACAAUUCACGUCGUGUGAAUUCUACUUACGAAGAGUCUAGUGAUCAAACUGCAAAAUUAGGACGUUACAAAUCUGAGGCUUCCUCUCACGGCAAGAAUUCGCUUGAGAAAGAUAAAAGUUUCGUGGAAAUUGGCAGCGAUGAUAGAUCUGAAUUGGAGAACAGUUCGGCUAACUCUGCCAAAGAGAUCUCUUCAAAAGCCCCUUGUUGCAGAGUAAUGGGUUUCGCUACGACGAGAGAAAACUUCUGCUGCAACGACUCCUUGAUAAAAGAAGUUUUGGCGGCCAAGGAGACUUUGAAAAAGUGCCUUUCGAAAUCCAGAUACGAUGUACAGGGCAACGCGGUAGGUAACACAAGACCGAAGACAGCUGCGGAGAAGAAACAGGGUUCGAGUUUUGAUAUUAACCAAAUCUCGGAGGUGCCUUCGAGUGACGCUCAAAGCUGUCGUAGUGACGUUGCGUCUCAGAAGGGCUCUCCCGUGGCAAGUAAAUGUAACAAGACUGAGAAAAUAUCUAAUACCGAGAAGUCUGAUAAGAAACAUUCCAAAUCAAGCAAAAGUUCCUUCAUGAAGAAGAAAUCGAGAUCAUUUGAGAAAAACGAAACAGAUUUCAAGGACACGAUAAAGGACACAUCCAAAUGCAAUAUAACAUCCUUGAAAACGUCUAAACAGAUCGAGCAAGCUGUAUCAAAUGAGAGCCUAACUCGUAGUGUACAUUUAAACGAGAAAAGAAAGAAUGUAAUCGAUCAAUGCGACGAUGUUCCUCGUUCGCAGGAUCCACAGCAAAAGAAAGAGAAGAAUCGGUUGUCGUCUUAUAAAAUUCUUAAGAUAUCAAGAUCCACCAAUCAGGAGAAUAACACAAAUAACGCGAAAGAAAUCAAGUCCAAAGAAGACAACAUGCCGAUAUUAGAGCCCGAGGUCAAUGUAAACUUCGAUACGAAUUCAGAUAGAGAGAGUUCUAGAUCGCCCCCGGUCAUCACGAUUCAGGACAGCGAAGAUCCCGAUGUAGCGGAAUCAAAGUUGAUAGACGAUAAAGUUAUAACGUCAAACAUUAAAGUUGAAAGCAAUAUAAAGGACAUUAAGAAGAGCGAAAUGUCUGUCGUCGAUCUCAUAACUCAAUUAGCUUAUCACGAAAAGGCAACGAUAAAAGAUAAACGAUACUGUAAUUUGUGCGAAAUAUGGUUCGAUAAUCCAUCGCAGCAUGAACGGCACUUGGCUGGAUACGAACACCGUCACAUAGAAUUGACACAACGUAGAAGCAUUCACGCACUGUUCACGCUCUUCACGGGCAAACCUUGUCCCAAGUUAGUUCCAGCGAAUGUUGUACGAAGUGAUUGCUCUAUAGGUGAAUUAACGCCGUUACAAAUUGCGGUACAGGAUGUCACAAAAUGUUUUGACUGCACACAACAAAGUCCAAGGAAAGAAAAUGACGUUGAUAAAUAAUCGCGAGUAAGUUAUUUAAAUUACAAGCCUAUAUAUACAGUUACUGUGAUUAUAAUAACGGCUUACAGUGCAAUCUUUUUACAAAGGUUAUCCGCGACGAUAACAAAAAAUCGAAUAUUUUAUAUCGCAGUUAGAUCGCAAGCGAUUCAGCUGCUACUGUUAAUGGCGUCGACAUCGAAAUUUUAAUUGCUAGAUAAUGAACGCUUUGAAAAGUUUGAUUUUAGCUAAGUCAACCGAUGUGGGUCAUCAUUAACAAAGAGUUACCCAAGGGAUACUUCUAGCUUGCAAUUAGAUGUUUUAGCCAAAGAUUUUAACAGAAUUAAAUAAUACGCGUUCGAUUAUUUACACUUUGAAAAGAGACUUCGGUCUUUUAUUUGUACAAAGUUUUACGAGUGAUGUUCAACCUCUGAAUGUGCUCACACUGCGAAUUUUUAUUUAUAUUAUGAAGAGACUUAUAUAUAAAACACGUAGGUAGAUAUAUACAUACACGCGUACAUAUGGAUAUAUAUAUAUUUCGUCAUUCCAGUUUGCAAAAAUAUGUACACUGGCAAUAUUAUGUUUGUAAGAGAUGUAUACGGUUAAAAUUAUGUGAAAUACGGUACAAUUUUGUCUCUGAUAAUAGAGGCGGCGUACAAGAAAAAAAUGGAACAUUCCUAUAUUAUACAUAUAGAUAUAUAUCGAAAAACUUGAGCUAUGAGAUAUAAAAACAACUUAUCUUGCGUAAUGAAAAGUUUACUUAAUAGAACUAUUUGCGAGUUCUACAUAAACGAUAUCGAUUUGUCGAUAUAUUCUCAUCAUGUGUUGGUGUUAAAUGCAUUCGA